CAAGUUAGUUUUCUGUGUGUGUGUGUGUGUGUGUGUGUGUGUGUGUGUGUGUGUGUGUGUGUCUUUUGGGGACAGUUUCAUCUCGACAUGUAUGUCUUUUAAAAACGUUUUCCGGCUUCUGAGUGUGAGCAGUUCACCCAUCCAGGAAGAAAACACGCUACUUUUUACAGUGCACAGCCUUCCGUCAGCGGCUCUGCCCUGUGAUUACACCACGGCCACGCGAGGGAAUCCCGGCAGCUGAUUGGACAAUGCUGGUUUUACCACGUCACGCGGAAUGUUCAGCACUGCCAGUAGUGCCAGCUUAUAUAACGUGCGGAGAGAAUCGCUGCUUCUAAUCACAGCUGUUGUGGGAUCUGCGCAUGUCGAGGACCCAAACACAUAAUAAUAUGUCACUACAUGAAAACACAAUGGACAGACUGCCUGGGGAGAGAUCAGAAAGCACAGACAACAGACAGAGCCACAGACUGUAUCCAUCACUGCCGAACAUAGACAGGUACGAUGUUUGUGUGGCGGACCCCUCCACUGGAGAAACGCGUCCCACAGCUGCAGUUUAUCAUCCCGACAGUCUGCUGGAAGUCACACAGUCAGAAGCUGCCAGCAGUGAGGUCCAAAUGAAAGCACAGAUACUUAUCUUGGAGGAGCAAAGGGAGGAGCUUCUUUGCAUUAAUGAGAGAUGGGCAAAAGAGUACCGCACCAUGUUACAGUACUACAAAGAGAAGGUCCAAGGUUUAAAAGCAUUACUGCAACAUGAUCACUCUGAAGAGAUGUGUGAAGGUGAGAAAAAGACACCUUGUACAAGAAAGUCAAAAGAUAAAGAGAGCACACAGACUGUUGACGGGUUACAAAGAGCAGAAAAGGAGGCAAAGGAGCUGCGAGCACAAAACAACACUUUGACCCGAAGAGGGCAGCAUCAGCAUGAGGAGAUCAUACGACUAAACAAGGCUCUAGAGGAGGCACUUCAGACUACUCAACCUCUCGAUGUGAGCAGUGAGACACUACAGGUCUGGAAACAGCAGGCCGAAGUCUACAAGGAAGACUUUUUGAAGGAGCGGAAAGACAGGGUGAAGCUUAAGGAGAAGUAUCUGGAACAAGAGAAGAAGUUUCAGAAAGUUCACAGUGAGCUACAUGUCCUCAAAUCUAAGUUGACUCGGACACCGCGGUCUGCACUUGAAUGCACCUGCACAAAUGGAGCGACAAACUGGGAGGUCCGCCAGAUUAACCAGCACCUCAUCCAGCUACAAAGACGUUAACAAAGAGUAAAACACAACGACAUCCUUGCUCUUUGUGUGAUAAUGUAUGUCGCCUGUCUCAGAUCACAGUUCAUCAUUAGCAGGGUGAGACUUUGCUAGUUUAUCACGCAGGACAACAUCAAGGAAGUUAGUUCUGUUCUGUUUCAGUCCAUGGCCGAUUGUCUGCUGUCAGGUUCAGCUUCAUGUAACGAAGCCAAUCCACCAGCCUGGGCCCAUUAGGAGACUUAGGAAGCAAACACAUAAAAAGACACUUAAACAGCCUGUGAAAAAGAAAUGCGACCCUCACGUAUGAACACCUCCCAAGAGGAGCAAAGCAGCAUAGAGUGAAACGAAUAACUCUACCUAUUGUGUGCAAAGUUUGCAAUGUAAGCCAUUGCGAGCUUGCUCAGUUCCUCCCAUUCUUGUGUCCGUAGAGAGAGAGAGAGAGAGAGAGAGAGAUAGAGAUAUUAUUGCACUGCCCAUAACACUAUUUACUUUAUCAAAGGUGCAACAUGAAUGAGGGAUCUUCUUCCUGUUUCAAGUACCUGUAACCACAGUGUUCCCGGUACAGAAGGCAGAUAGAUCCAAGAAAAAAACAAAGCAUCAUCAUAGUGGUCUGCUUUGACAAAAGCGGCUCUUGUCCCACUGUGCAUCAGAGCCGAAUGCUGAAACUCAUAGACGUACACAGAGGCACACCUGCAUCUGUCAGGAGGAAUUCAAAUGCGAGUCAUGUUGUGAAGCCAAGGGCUGUAAUUGAUUCUGACUCACUAUAAAGCAACUCUGUGGUAUGCGGACACUUUAAGGACAGGAAGAACGAGCACCAUGUCACCAAGUAUCUCUGUGAAAGUGUCCCCUACAUUCUUUGGAGAAUCAUCCUGUUGUAGGUAUUCAUUCAAUAUUAGUUGAAUUGCGCCUGAGGCCUGUCAGAGGAAAAAAAAAGAGGUUGUGAGAAGAAGAAAAAAUGUAUAGGAGCAUUUAUUUAUUUUUACUGUAUAUGUAUGAAUGAUUGAAGGAAGUUAUUUGUUUUUCUGUUUCUUGUGUAUUUAUCAUGAAAAUAAAGCAUCACUCUAAUAUCAAA